CUGAAUGUAGGCCACACACGACGGAAAGGGAGCUAUCGCGCCUACGGGCCGGGCGUCUCAGUGCGUGUAUACUUAUGUGGUAAUGUGAAUGUCGUGGCAAGGAGGGAAGAGCUUGGUCUGAGCAUCCAGCUCACUGAGCCGACAAGACCUACCGCACGCGAGCAAUCCUGGCUUCUCGGCCGCGUCUUGGACUCAGCCUGUCAGCUUUUGAAAAUCAAGCAACCCGAUGGCAAGAUACAGACGAUUUCGGUCACUGGUAGCGUUGGUGUUCCGGGCUUUAGACCCAUGGGCCUAUAUAUAGUUGAGGAAGAUCGGGCCUCGCUGCCUCGCGUGUGGCUGGACCUCAGUUCUCGUGUUGACGAAUUGGUAGCUCAGCACCAUUUGUCUGAGCACGAUCUCAUUUCGGUCGGUUACUUGGUAGAUCCAUAA